UCUUUUCCCGGAGUCGCCGCUGCAGCCGUCGCCAUUUUAGCGUUUUGUCAGAGGCGCGAGGAGGAGGCUGCGCCGCGUCCCGUGCGGGCUCCGGUCGAGAUGGUGAAGCUGUUCAUCGGCAACCUGCCCCGCGAGGCGACGGAGCAGGAGAUCCGCUCUCUGUUCGAGCAGUACGGGAAGGUGCUCGAGUGCGACAUCAUCAAGAACUACGGCUUCGUGCACAUCGAGGACAAGACGGCGGCCGAGGACGCCAUCCGCAACCUGCACCACUACAAGCUGCACGGCGUCAACAUCAACGUGGAGGCCAGCAAGAACAAGAGCAAGGCCUCCACCAAGCUGCACGUGGGCAACAUCAGCCCCACGUGCACCAACCUCGAGCUGCGCGCCAAGUUCGAGGAGUACGGGCCCGUGAUCGAGUGCGACAUCGUCAAGGACUACGCCUUCGUGCACAUGGAGCGCGCCGAGGACGCCGUGGAGGCCAUCCGCGGCCUGGACAACACCGAGUUCCAAGGCAAACGAAUGCACGUGCAGCUGUCCACCAGCCGGCUUCGGACCGCCCCCGGGAUGGGAGACCAGAGCGGCUGCUAUCGGUGCGGGAAAGAGGGCCACUGGUCCAAAGAGUGUCCGGUGGAUCGGACGGGCCGCAUGGCGGACUUGACCGAGCAGUAUAACGAGCAGUACGGAGCUGUUCGGGCCCCCUACGCCAUGAGCUAUGGGGAGUCCGUGUAUUACAGCAACGCAUAUGGAGCGCUUGACGCCUACUACAAGAGAUGUCGAGUCCGGUCUUACGAGGCGGUGGCGGCGGCGGCGGCGGCCUCCGCGUACAACUAUGCAGAGCAGACCCUGUCCCAGCUCCCACAAGUCCAGAACCCAGCCAUGACCGGUCACCUCACCUCCGCCUCUGUUGACCCCUACGAUAGACACCUAUUGCCGACCUCAGGAGCUGCCGCCGCCACCGCUGCUGCUGCCGCUGCCGCCGCCGCUGCAGUCACUGCAGCCUCCACUUCCUAUUACGGACGGGACCGGAGCCCCCUGCGCCGCGCUCCCACAGUCCCUACUGUCGGAGAGGGCUACGGUUACGGGCACGAGAACGAGCUGUCCCAGGCCUCGGCGGCCGCGCGGAAUUCUCUGUAUGAUGUGGCGCGGUAUGAGCGGGAGCAGUACGCGGACCGGGCGCGGUACUCGGCCUUUUAAAGCUCGAGAGACAGGGCCUGUCCUUGAGAUCAGGAAGACCAAGAAAGGAAAAGACCGCAAGGACCAAAGAGCCGCCAGACCUGGUUCUGUUCCGCUGGCCCUUCAGCAGAGGGCCAGAGACGGAGGUACGAGAUUUUUCUGAGCUUCCUGCUGCUUUCUGGUCCGUAGGCCUUGCCUCUUGGGGGAGGGUGUAGGCUGCCCGCACGGUGUACUGAGAGCGGGCAGGCUUUGGAAGGCUGUCCCAAGAGGGAAGGGAGGAGCUGGAUGGUCAUGGCCACUUUGAGCUUGUCUUUACUGUAAGCCCAUGUAUUGUGCUUUCUUUCAGGUGGGAUGUGUGGGGGCUGAAGCCCCGGGCUGCGGUUGUGCAUGAGAAUUCACCCUUCGUGGUCCCCCAUCUUCGGGAUGUUCUCACGGCUUUGUGCAUUGGGUCCCUCAGGAACCACGGACCUUAAUUUAACCUUGCUAAGUUGAGACUCUCCUCCGCCUACCCCUCUGUUCUUCAGUCCCCUCCCCUUCACGUUCUGUUCUCCCUGUAGCCUUGACUAUGUCCAGAAACAGUGGCAGGGCUUGUUCUGUCUCCCCGCUGACCUCCUGCUCUCAGUGGGUGUUGACCACAGUUGCAGGGGGCUCUGGCUCCUUCUUCCCCGAUUUGCCCCUAGAGGCUUGCGAUGGGUAGACGUGUAGAGUUGGUCACCUUUUUUUCCAGUGAAAUAAAUGUUUUUUCAAUUUA